AGCUCACGCGGCAAUAUUUAGCAUUGUCAUUUCACUCAGACUGUAGAACAAACCUCUUUAUCUUAUCUUUUCUGCCGCUACUCUCUGUGUUAACUUUUCCACUUUUUAACAAACAUCAAACCAUGUCCGACGCCCGAAAAAUUUUAAAAGAAGCUGCCAUCCAAAUUGGUUCGGGAGGUUCAGCAGGCUUUGUUGAAGUUUGCAUAAUGCAUCCCUUGGACUUAGUUAAAACCAGACUGCAAAUCCAGAGCGGAAAAAUCCUUACUAAAAAUGACCCGAAGUACUAUUCCGGAAUUUUUGACUGCUUUCGGAAAAUGUACAAGUAUGAAGGCUUGACUUCCUUUUGGAAAGGAAUUCUACCCCCAAUCUUAGCAGAAACCCCUAAGCGAGCUGUUAAAUUCUUCACAUUUGAACAAUAUAAGCAACUUUUUUUGUUCGGAUCACCAACACCUACACCUCUGACAUUUUCCUUGGCUGGUUUAGGCGCGGGAAUAACUGAAGCUGUCCUGGUAAACCCAUUUGAAGUUGUUAAAGUUACUUUACAAGCAAAUAGGGCUGUGGGGAAAGAAUUGCCCAGCACAUGGGUUGUUACCAAAGAGAUUGUACGGGCUGAUGGAUUAGGACUGCGUGGGCUAAAUAAGGGCGUUACAGCCACAAUUGCAAGAAAUGGUGUUUUUAAUAUGAUCUAUUUUGGGUUUUAUCAUUCAGUCAAAGGGUAUCUGCCAGAAUUUGAGGAUCCUAUACAAGAAUUUUUCCGGAAAGUAGGAAUUGGAUUUGUUUCUGGCACACUGGCAUCCUGUAUUAAUAUUCCAUUUGACGUUGCAAAGUCAAGAAUUCAAGGACCUCAACCCAUUUCCGGCCAAAUCAAAUAUCGCACUACUUUGGGUUCAGUAGCCAUUGUAUAUAAAGAGGAGGGAUUUAGAGCUCUGUACAAAGGACUUCUGCCCAAAGUUUUACGUUUAGGUCCAGGUGGAGCCAUUAUGUUGGUAGUUUACGAUUAUAUGCACACAUAUUUAACCAGAAGGUUCAACUAGGAACCAAGGACCAGAAAAGUCUUUUAAAGAAUAGCUUUACAUAUACAAAAGAAUUUUAUAUAUUUUCGUACUUUUAUUAGAUAUAUAAGUACAAAUCCAAUGUUUAAUUUAAACUAGUCUGAGUACCUAAAUUCGUAGGUAUGACGUAUGUUAAGUAAUAAGUUUUAAGCAGGUUGCUUAAAUAUAAACGUGAAGAAAUAAUUUUCAGGGAUUGUUGAUUUUUGAUACAUGUGGUGUUGUUAUGGUGUACGUUAGUGCUAUUGUUUUUGUAUAAAAAAUAAGUUAAUCUAUGUGGGUUUAUGUUUAUGCAUUUCACACUCUAAUAAAAGACUAUUUUAUAAUUUUAA